AUGAACAAGCAGGCGUCGGACGGCACGAGCACGGAUGAUCUGGAGCGAACUGGAGGUCAGGGACAGAACAGUGUUCAAAGAGCAGUCCACAACGAUGCUGCGAUGGCAACGUCACUGUGGAAGAAGUGGAUGACACGGGACAGUAAAGUGCACUUUCUUCUUGUUUUUAGCACGGGGUCCAUUCUUGGGACGUAUGUAAGAGUCGGUAUUGAGGCGUUGACCAAAUACAAGUACUCCUUCACGGCAGAGGGAUCGUCGCUGUGGCCGAACUUCGUUGCAUGUCUGCUGAUGGGCGCGCUGCAGAUCCUUAACGGUCCGGAAAAUUCAUGGUUUACGGAGUGUCCAUACCUGUACACAGGGCUCACCACCGGAUUCUGCGGUGCCUGCUCGUCGUAUUCUAGUAUGGUACUCGAAAUGAUGCACUACUCGACAAGCCUGAAUAGAAUCAACAUCAACGAGCACGUCAAGUUGCCCAACAGAGCGUAUGGGAUCAUGGAGUUUCUAUCGGUGUUAUUGAGCCACCUCUUUAUAUCAUUUGGUGCUUAUAUCUGGGGAAGAGCGCUGGCAGAGCAGUUGGCUGCCGCAGUCACCACCAGCAGAGAUAGCGAAAAGUCGGAAGACAGCUCCGACACCCCUCAUCCAACUCCUGUUGUCGCGCACCACACAGUGUUGAAAUACGUCAAAUGGCUCAACAUGGUGUUUGCGGCAGCGACAAUCCCUCUAAUCGCGUUGCUCAUCGUGCUAGCCUGUGUCUACAACAAUUACUCUAGAGCCGUAUGGACGCUACCGCCGUUAUUCGGCAUAUUCGGUUCCCUGCUGCGUCACCACCUAUCGCUGUCAUUCAAUUCAGGCAACGUGAGAUUCCCGCAUGGGACCUUUAUUGCGAACCAGCUUGGUGUUAUCCUGAUCUGCGUGUUUGAUAUGGUCCAGCGCGGUAAGAAAAAUGGACACAGCAACACCCCCAUUAUUACAUCUGUCACCGCAUGCCGAGUAGUAUCAGCACUGUCCAAUGGGUUUUGCGGCUGUCUGAGCACUUUGAGUACAUUCAUGAACGAGGGCUACCGGUUAGGCUUCCGGGGUAGUCUCUUUUAUUAUUCCGUUUCUUUCGGCGUCUCAUACAUCGUGUGCAUUAUUAUGUUGGGAUCCCUAGCCUGGUCGAGAGGGUUGACGGUACCCGUUUGUUAG